UUCUAACAAAUUCCGCCUUAUGCAAUUGCGCUAGUGGAACAGGAGGGGCCUUUUGCAAACAUUUAUGUGCUGUAGAAAAUUCGUUUAGCAUCAAUAUUUUAUCGAGUCCCCAGUUAACGGAAAAUAACUGACAAAUAAUUGUUUAUCUAGCCACUGGUAAAAAAAACUGUUCAUUUUUUAAAAACAUGAUAGAAAACGACGAUUCGGUUGCAUUUGGGGAAUGCAAUACCACUUUAAACGCAAGUAAUCAAACCCAAUCGGAUUCUAUAACUGAUGUUGAAAAUAUUGAAAGUAAACCUUGUAGCGAAGAACAUAAAAAUGUAGUGGAAAGUCUGAAAAGGGAGUUUAGCCGUAUUGCAGAUUUAGCAAAACAUGAGAGUUGUAAUACAGAGUUAAUAAAAAAGUUUGUUGGAAGCCUAAGAGCAAUUAACACAGGUAGUCAGUUGGAUUCAUUCCUAGCUAGCAAGCAGUGUAUCAAACGAAAAACAAAAUUAAUAAAAGUCCAGCCUACAGCACGUAGUAGAAGAAAGAUACAAAAUGCUAAAAUGGGGGGACAGAGAAUUGAAAGUGGGCGCCCUUCCAGAAGAAGAAAACACAACCUGUCCCUUAAUAUCAUGUCUAAUCUUCCUAAUUCUAAAAUUCAUUAG